AAUAUUACAGAAGCAGUGCGGUAGGGAGCUUUUGUUUAUUGGGGGCAGAAAACGAGGGCCGGAGGCCCGAGGAAAUUUUUAAAUUUCGAGUCUCUGAAAUGCCAUUUCCUGGACUUUGGGGAAGUUUUGACAGAAUGCUGAUGGUCAGAAAAAAGCGUUUUAGUAUGACGAAAUUUACAAUUUGCUUACAAUUUAUAGUGACAAUACAAUUUUAUAAUAUUUUCUCUGUUUAACAACUAAAAUUUUGUUCUACUAUUAAAUAAUUGCCGUAAUUUUCCGAAUGGCCAACCCGAUUUUCUGAAUAUGUUGAUUCUAAAAAAGUUGGGGGGGGGGUUAACCACCUCCAAUACCCCCCUUGCUACAGCCCUGUCUGUAUCACUGCAGCUACCUACAGCAUAUAUAUGCAUGGUUUAACUAAUAAGUAUACGUCAUAGGGCAGCAACAACUGAGUCGACCACCGAAGGUGCGAGCCUCUAGAGGGGUCUGGGGGCAUGCUCCCCCAGAAAAUUUUGGAUUUUUUGAAGCUCAGAUAAGCUAUUUCCAGCAUUUUGAGGAGUUUUCCAACAAGAAAUUAACCUUACACCAGUCCCUGAAAAUCAAACCAGCUGAUCUUCUGGGACUGGUCAAAUCGAUCCCUGCAACCAUGCUGUUUUGCAACAUUUGUUUCCCCACCAAAUACUGGGGCAGGAUAUUUUUUCCUCAGUUUGUUAGUGCAGGUAUUUUUUUUUUGUCCAGAAUAGCCUUGCAGGAUUUUUUUUCUUUCAAAAUCACCCCCCCCCCCUCAAAAGUUAAAUGGUCGGCCCCUUACUGAGUGCUUGACCAAGUAUAAUAUGUCUAUAUAUUAUUUCAAGCAACAUAAUUUCUCAAUUUUGACCGAUGCAUUCGCAUCGUUGGCAUCGGUCUGGAUCCGCCCCUGGUCUCAUUUGUCAGCCUGCAGUGGUUCUUGUAUUUUGGGUGCUUAAUUCAGGGCCGUAGCGAAGGGGGGUAUUGGGGGUGUUUUUAACCCCCCCCCCCCCAGUGCCGUAGCUAGCAUGUAUAGUUGGGGGGGGGUGUAGGCCAAAAAUUUCCGAAUGACGAAGAAAAUUUCCGAAUAUUUCAUGCCAUAGGAAGCUGGCAUAUGAAUAUGUAGGAAAAUUUUUUUUCAAUCGAAAAUUUUGGGCGACCUCCCCCCCCCAACUUUUUUAGAAUUAACAUAUUCGGAAAAUCAGGUUGGUCAUUCGGAAAAUUACGGCAGUAAUAGUAUAACAAAAUUUUAGUUGUUUAAACAGAGAAAAUGUUAUAUAAAAUUGUAUUGUCAGCAUCAUAAACUGAUUUACAAAAUCACGGCAUUUACAUGGAUAACAUUUAACAAAUCGUAGAUCGGUAAAUGUUUUUCGGUUUAUUACUUCCCAGGGCCGUAGCAACGGGGGGGGGGGGGAAGGGGGCAGCCCUCAAUAUAUCUUUAAAAUACUGACAAUUGAUUAAUUUUAAGCGGCUACAUUACCCAUGACAAACCGCAAAGAAUCGUAUUACCCAUAUACGCCUUCGCCCAUUUAGUUUUUCUAAAUUGUAAGCAAAUUAAUUGUUAAUUUCGACGUGGUAAAACUGUUUUCUGACCAUCAGAAUUCUGUCAAAACUUCUCCCAAAGUCCACGAAAUGGCAUUUCAGAGACUCUAAAUUUAAAAAUUUCCUCGGGCCUUCGGCCCUCGCCACCCCCAUCAAAAAGAACUUCCUACGGAAGUGCACGCUUCUGUAAUGUCUGUGCGUAAAAUACGAGUAUUUUUGUUUGUAAAUUGCGUUUUCAUUUUCCGGAUAGCAAACACCUUCGUGGCUUCAUAUGCCAUGAAACAUUCGGAAAUUUUUUUCGUCAUUCCAAAAUGUUUGGCCUACCCCCAACUAUGCAUGCUUAGCUACGGCCCUGGCUUAAUUUCCUAAAUUUCAGGGUACUGGUUCUUAACCCAUGCACUGGUUCGUUUAGGCGGGUUUUUCAGUACCGUAUACGUAAAUGAGGGCAUGACCAUGGUUAAGAGAGCUUAUAUAAAUGUAGCUUUAUGAACUACCGCAAAAGUUUAUACACUUUAACUUUUAUUAGCUUAAUUAUAUAGUAUAUAUAUAGUUAUAUGAUUUAAUCCAUGCAUGCUCCACUCUGACUUGAUUGCCAACUAAAAAUCUGUAACUCAUUAUCAAAUGCCGACAUAGUAUAUACCACAAAACAUAGUCCGGGAAUAUUUUGGACAUCCUGUACAUGUAGAGUUUUCUAAGUGUAAUAUUCAGAGUCUUAUCAGCGAUGCGACCUUUCAUUAAUUGUUCUGAAAGUUUGCAUUCACUCCAGGAGCAAACAUACUUUUUUAAAUAAUAAUAAUAAUAAUAUUUAAUAUUUAUAUUGCGCAAAUUAACAUGUUAUAGUAUAUGAUCAAAUGCGCAUAAAAGGUGGGCUACCCUCGUCACAUCGCUUUGCCAAUUAAGAAUGACGAAACAUUUUAAUGAAAAGAGUCAGACGAUAUAGUAGCUUCAUACAAGAAAGCAUAUGCAGUCACAAGGAAAACAAUGAAUAAAAAUAAUUUGAAAUGUGGCAUUAUAGCCUGACCAUAUUAAGAUAUUUUAGUCCUCGUGUUUGGAAUUUAGGUUACAAUGAAAUUUGACAACUAUUAAGUGCAUGUGUUGACCCAGAUUAUUGAGUUUAUUGCAAGCAGGGCGCUUAUAGGAUUAUUACCGAAUAGAAGCCGUGUUGUCGCACAGAAUCUCCGAUGGAACUAAGCGUUCCAUAGGAUAUGUUUCACGUUCACUCAAUCCAGUUGAGCGGAACUAUUCAACCAUUGACAAGGAGGCACUGGCGAUGAUCGUUGGGAUGAAGAAAUUUUAUCAGUUUUUAUAUGGCAAGAGAUUUAAAAUUCGAAUUGACCACAAGCCACUCGAAGGUCUAUUUGGAAAGAAGAAAGGGUUCUCAUCACAGGCAUUAUCCAGAGUUCAACGUUGGGCACAAACGCUUGCUGCGUAUGAAUAUGAAAUACAGUGUAAAGCAGAAGCAAUGGACGGGAAUGCUGAUGCAUUAAGUCGAUUACCACUUCCAGAAAUGAGACACCAUAAAGAUGGUGGAACUUUUGGAAGGAAUUCUUUGCAUUCUGGCCAAAUUCGUGAUUGGACAAGACGAGAUACAGUACUUGCCAAGGUACAUCAGUAUACCCUUGGAAAUUGGCAGAACAACACCUGUCCUAGCAAAGAAUUACAACCUUAUUUCAAUCGGAGAACAGACUAACUUUUCAAGCAGCAAAUUUGAGCUAUUUAUGAGUCAGAAUGGCAUUAAACAUAUUACCGUAUCAUCCAGCUUCUAACGGCCAAGCAGAGCGGGCAGUUCGUGUAUUCAAGGAAUGAAUCGCGUAAAUGGAGGGAGUAAGUCUAAAAACCAAACUGGCUAGAUUUCUUCUCAAGUAUCAUAUCACCUCACAUUCCACCAGCGGAGUUCCACCGGCUCAGUUGUUGAUGAAAUGCAAACUACACACCCAACUGGACCUACUCCACCCAAACGUUAGCGACCGAGUCCUGGAAAAGCAAACACAACAAAAAUCAUCCCAUGAUAACCGGAGAUACAAUUAAGUGGAUGACACUGUUUAUAUGAAAGAUUUCAGAUGUCCAAAAUGUUGAAUGUCGGCAGCUGUGGAUGAGAAACUGAUCCUGUUUCUGCUAGAGUGAGGCUGAGCACUGGUGAAAUAAUACGAAGACACCAAGAUUAUAUUAGAAUCCGUACUGAUCAGCUAGGAUAUAUGAAGUUCAAAAUUAGGAUGUACUACCGUACAUUUCAGUAACUUUAAAAACUUUAUAUUUACACUUAGCUAAUUUAUAUACUUGGACAAAGAAAUAUAAAAAAAUUAAAGACAUUAGGAUCGUUUUCCCAAACUAAGAGGGAAGGAAUGUAAUAGCUUAUUAGAUAAUCAAUGUCAUGCUAUUCAAUAGUUUGUUAGUAAAGUUCUAAUAAAAAAAAAGUUAUUACACUUCACAAAACAUAUAUAUAUAUAUAUAUAUAUAUAUAUAUAUAUAUAUAUAUAUAUAUAUAUAUAUAUAUAUAUAUAUAUAUAUAUAUAUAUAUAUAUAUAUAUAUAUAUAUAUAUAUCGAUUUCAAGGAAAUUUCAAGAAAAUUAUUGUAAUGUAGGAACCUAUGAUAAAGGAAACCCAAUUUCAAGUAGUUUUUAAUAUAUAUGACCUAAGACUUUUUGAGGCCAAAUAUAUUGACUCAGUACCAGUUUUUUUGGCAUUUCCCACAAACUAUUAUACCAGCCCAAAACUGUAUUCCUCUGCAAUUAACAUAAAUAACUAACUUUAUCUUUUUCGCAUCCGUAAUCCCAGGUCCGUAACGUAAAUGGAGCCUUUUGAUUGGUUGACGAGAGGUCCGCGUAUCAUACGAUACGUCCGUAUCGCGCCAAAGCAAACCGAGGAGUGAAGACAAUUUUCAAACUCAAAAAAAAAACAAUUCAAAAAGCUGAAAAGCCCUCCCUAUCGAUACUAAAGAUAGAAAAAUAAGCUGGAUUUAGUGUCAAACCCGAAAUGUACUUUUUUCGACCUAAAUGCGAAAAAACAAGUAUUUUCUUGACGUACAAGUAUAAAAAAAUCAGUUCCAAAUGUUUAAUGUUAAAAGCUCAGCAUAUAUUCAGCUAUAUAUUUCGAAAAAUAUACGUUAAAAUAUAAAUACUGGAACGAAGGACUUGUCCUCAAACACAAAAUUUAAAAAAUCCCGGCAGUUUAAACAUGAUUUCUAGACUUAUUUCAGUCAUAUAUUUUUAUAAAUGUUGUCAUGAACACAAUGUUUUCGGCAAGUACAAUUUGUUUCUGCGUGUCGAAAGAACAUUUUUGAAGCAUGUUAUUAAUAGGCUAAAAUGAUUAGGAAAAUAAAUAGUUUUAAGAGGAGAUUUUUUUGUAUGUUACGUAACACGCGCUCAAAACUAAUGCGUAUAAUAUACCACUUGAGGUUAUGGCUAAAUUCAAAUUUUUUAUUCUUCGAUACUUUUCUCAAUCGGCAAACAAACUUAAAAAGUAUGUUUAGUGCUUUAUCUGUAAAAUAAUGCUAAAGUGAAGAGAUUUUAGAUGAUACGCCAAAGAGAAAAUGAUGUCUGAAGUUCAGUAAGUUUUGCUUAUAUGGCUCGGAAUCGCAGGGCCGUAGGUUCAAUUCCUACCAGAGGACCUUGUGCUGCAUUUUUCGCAGUCGUUCCUGGUCAGGUCUUAAAAUGUAUAUAAUCACUUGGAUUACAAACCUUAACAUUCUAAUAUUAAUUCCACCAAGUGAGGUGCAAGAAAUCACAUGCAUCAUUCAAGUCCGUCAAUUUUAAAGCAUGUUUGAUAAUUGUAGCCUAUUUUAAUUGACAAUUUUUAACUAUUAUUUUAUGUUUCUCAACCGGUAGAUGCAUUUAAAAAGGUUGCUAACUCAAUAAACUAGAGAAUAAAGCUAAAACAAAGUAAUUUUGAGAGGAACGUCAAAAAGAUUUUAGGUUUUGAACACUUUUCAUUGCAAAUACGUGACAUUGAAAAAAAUUGCCUCUUAAUUGCUUUACCUUUUUAUUGUCUUGUUGAGUAGAAAGGCAUCUAUUGCAUCAAAAAUAAAUUAAGGCGUUUUAGCAAGAUGUCAGCCAUGCUUGGAAUUAGAUUAAAGCACUGAAUUAAAGUAACAAACACAACACUGCCACUGGAGUUUUUAGGAAUUUAAGCGUGGAGCAAAAAAAUAAAUACGUUAUUUACCCUUGAGAUCGGUCCAUACUUAAAAAAUAUUUUCCCUUGCCACCUUGCAGGUCUCAGAACUUCUGAGACCACGGGAAAAUAUUUUUCAGUACGGACCUCCCAGCCGGUAAAUAACAUAUAUUAUAUGCUCUAUAUAGAUAAAAUAGCAAACAGACGAAAAAAGUUUGAAAAUGAUUUAAAUAUACAGGAUCGCAAAAAAUGCCACCUCACUUUCAGUGGUGGUAUUUCUAUUAUAAUCUGUCAAUUAAAUCUUAUUCUAGUUUGAGAAAUUGAAGAAACAAGUCGAAAAGCUGGAAGUACAAAACCAAGGUAGGAAAACGAAAAGACUAAUAAGCGUACAUAAUUGUUAGGGUUAUGGAAAAUAAGGCUAUAUCACAAUUUUAUUAAACCAAGUUCAAGUAAUUUAAUUUAAAGUAUUAAAUAUUUGCUUUUUACUAAUACAUGCAGCUAAAGUAGAAAACACUAUCUGACACGAUAGUUAUAUUUACUUCUUUGCUUUGCUUAGACAAGCUGAUUAAGAUCAGAAAAAGUUCCCUAAACUCCCGCCAAACUCUAACACCCAAACGUAAUAUCCAAAUUCCAAACAUGAAUCUCUGUAGAUGAGUAGUGAUACGCAAAUUGAUAAUGGGGAGCAUUAAACAGUUUUAUUAUUUAUUUAAAAAAUUCUUGGUUUCUGAUUAGCUAACAGCCAACUGUGAAAUUGUCAUAUCAUGUCAAUGGCUAACCAAAUAUGGAUUUUUCACAUUCAUAUUAGCAAAAUGACGUCAAAGAGCCAAUAUGAAAAAAAUUUGGACGCGUUUGCGCCAUAUUAUAUUUACUAUGACGACGAGAAUCAUAUUGACUCGUUGACGCCAUUAAUUGAUGACGACGACGGUUGCCGAAGGACUAAAGGCCCGUCUACACGAUACGGCUAGUUGUAUACGAUUCUUAUCCUGGCGUAUGAAAACGAACUGUUCAUCAGUUCAUGGCGAAGUUUGAAAUGUGACAUCUUUACACAUGCAUUUAUUCGGUUACAUCCAGGAUAAGAAUCGUAUACGACUAGUCGUAUCGUGUAGAUGGGCCUUAAGGAAUUGUUUUUUUCUUAAUAAAAACAAAAUACAAAUGGCUUCCGUUUGUUUUGAAUUUUUUAAAUAAGUAAUAAAAUAAUUAUUGAAUUCGGUUAUCGCACAAUAUGAAGAAUUAGUAUAAUUUUGCUUAUCAAAUAAGCUUUCGCGCGUUCUGAUUGGCUAGUUGACUAGUAAAUCUGAAGCAUUAUUUAUCACCUGGGUAGUAAAUAAUGCUUUUCAAAAAGAAUGUUCGGCAAAUUUGGUUUCAAAAUCGACAAAAUAUUGAAAAAACCGUCCCCAGAAAACUAAAGAAGCACAAAAUGUCGUAUUUAACUUGAAAGGUAUAGGAUUUCUUUAUUAGUUAAUUACUGUGUCAAACAUAUUAACGGACAAUUUGAAACUUAUUUAAAACUCCCAAACAUUCACUUCAAACAAAUAGAAAAAACUAUCCCGACUCGAUCGAUUCGGAAAAACCUUGCCGUGAUAUUCUUUAAAAUCCAAAAUUUAUACUAAAGCAAUUGUUCGCCUAAGGCUCAGUGAUUACAAUGAAUAUUCACCGGUAAUCACUUCGCCUUCCGCGAAUAAUUGUUAAUAAUCAAGCCCUCAGUUCGCCGUUAUCAACCGAAGCCGAAGGCUGAGGUUGAUAACCGAAAACUGCGGGCUUGAUAAUUAACAAUUAUUCGCCGAAGGCGAAGUGAUAAUUCUUCAUAUCGUGCUCAAACUCAUUCAAUAAUUGUUAAUUAUUAAUAGCGUAUGUGCACUCGUCGUUUUAGUUUCCAAUUUUGUUUUAUAUCUGCAGCUUGCAAAUUAUUCUUCAGUUUCUUCUUGUAUAAAUAUAUGGUAAAUUAACUUCCCGAAUUUUCUGGCUGGCAAUGAAAACUGUCUAUUUACAAUGGAUUACAUUGCCCGCCUCGAUUUCAAGCUAUUGUUUCGUGUGCACUCAAGCAAAUUCGGGAAGUGUCUAUUGAUGUCCACAUCUACCCUUACGUACCCAGAAUAGUAUUAGGCGUGCGCGUCUCAGGGAUUAUUUUUGAGUUUAACAGCUUUAAUUUCAAAAUAAACGAAAAAUUGUUUUAUAGAUAUUGUGAAAAAUUGUUUUAUAGAUGUUGUGUUACAUCCACCAACAUCUUGUUCAGCUUUGUUAAAAGAACAUCCUUCAACACCAAGCGGAAUGUAUUAUAUCAAUCCCCAAGAACUCAGUUCAUCGCCAUUGGUUCAAGUAUAUUGUGAUAUGACGUCAAAGAAUGGUGUUGGUGUGACGGUGAUUGGACAUGACAGUGGAUCAAAAACACUUGUGAAGGGAUAUGAUCCUCCAGGUUCUUACAAGCGAAACAUUAAAUAUGAUAUUUCCAUGGAACAGAUCCUUGCCAUUAUGAACCAGUCCGGGAAUUGUGAGCAGUUUAUAAAAUAUAAAUGUUUUGGUAGCGUUUUAUUGUACACUACUAUACCUUAUGGUUGGUGGGUAUCACGUCAAGGUUCACAGAUGAAUUACUGGGGUGGAGCGGCAGUCAACAGUGGAAAAUGUGCAUGUGGAAUGACCAACAGCUGUGCAGGUGGAGGAAAAUGUAAUUGUGACAAGAAUGAAUGCGUAUGGCGUGAAGACAGUGGAUAUCUGACUGACAAGAACACACUGCCUGUUACUCAGCUGAGAUUUGGAGAUACCGGUGGCACUGUUGAGAAAGGAUACCACACACUGGGAAAAUUGCGAUGUUGGGGUGAGAAUAGAAGAACGGAUUUUGAUGAAUAAUACCUAAACUGAAAUGUUGUCACUUAGCAACACAUAUGAUAAGUAAUAUAGAACGCGUCUUUGGUACAAGAGUCAAUCAAAAAUAGUUUAGACACAACAGUAGAACUUAUAUGACAUAAUUAUCGCAAACAAUAUCCGCACUGUGGGUGCUUACAAAGGAUUACAUUGCCCGCCUCGAUUAGGCGAUUUCAAACUAUUGUUUCUUGUCCACUCAAGCAAAUUUGGAAGUGUCUACUGAUAUCCACAUAUAGUCCCUUAAUACCCAGAAUUACUGUAGUAUUAGGCGUGUGCGUGUCAGGAAUUAUUUUUGGGUUUAACAGCUUUUAAAACAAACGAAAAUUAUUGUGUUUUCAGAUAUUGCCAGGUUUCAUCGAGUACCGUCUUGUUCAGCUUUGUUAAUAAAACAUCCUUCAACACGCAGUGGAAUGUAUUAUUUAAAUCCUCAAGGACUUAGUUCAUCGCCAUUGGUUCAAGUAUAUUGUGAUAUGACGUCAAAGAAUGAUGUUGGUGUGACGGUGAUUGGACAUGACAGUGGAUCAAGAACACUUGUGAAUGGAUAUGAUCCUCCAGGUUCUUACAAGCGAAACAUUAAAUAUGAUAUUUCCAUGGAACAGAUCCUUGCCAUUAUGGGGCAAUCCAAGAAUUGUGAGCAGUUUAUAAAAUAUGAAUGUUACAAUACCGUUUUAUUGUACACUACUAUACCUUAUGGUUGGUGGGUAUCACGUCAAGGUUCACAGAUGAAUUACUGGGGUGGAGCGGCAGUCAACAGUGGAAAAUGUGCAUGUGGAAUGACCAACAGCUGUGCAGGUGGAGGAAAAUGUAAUUGUGACAAGAAUGAUAGCGCAUGGCGUGAAGACAGUGGAUAUCUGACUGACAAGAACACACUGCCUGUUACUGAGCUGAGAUUUGGAGAUACCGGUAACGCUAUUGAGAAAGGAUACUACACACUGGGAAAAUUGCGAUGUUGGAGUUAGGAUAGAAGAGCGGAUUUUGAGGGAUAAUACAUAAACUGUAACGUAGCACAAAAUACGAUAAGUAAUAUAGAACGCGUCUUUGGUAAAGUGUCAAUCAAAAAUAGAUUAACACAACACUAAAACUUAUAGAACUUAUAAUUAUCACUAACAAUAUGCGCACUGUGGGUGGUUACCUGACUAUUCACUUCGCGCUACAUAUUCAAAAUUGGUAUACUUAAUAAUCAAUAUGGAGCUUCUUAUAGCUUUAUAUAAACUUAACAAUAGGAAAUCUGUUUUAUGUUUAAGUAAAAGGAUAGAAAAAUGUUGCACUAGAAUUUAAAUUGAAAAGAAUAAAAGUAGAUGAUCAAAAUAUUGUUUUACGUCAUUCCUUUAUUUGGGGUUCAGAAAAUGGUAGCAUUAUAGCAUUAAGAAAUUGCCCUCUCCAUGGGACUGUUUACCGAAAUACAGUGCAUGAGGUGCCCUUAUUUGGGGAUCCAGAAAAAGUUGCAGAAACAAAUUUAUAAACACCCGACUGCUUGAAACACAUGCGAAAUAGGUGAUUGAAUGGUACAACAAUUCUAGUUCAUAACUGCCAGAAGACAAAACUUAACCAAAGUGCCUUUUGUUUGUGUGAUGGUCAUAUAUUACUUUUUGGCACACAAUAGACCUUACCGAUUAUUUUCUUUUACCCACUGGCCUCGUUUCCAUGUUAACUUAUUUUAGCAUGUCAGGAGCAGAUAAUGAUUAUAUUUCCAUGUUUUGCUGGACGAAUUUAUUUCUUGCUGUUCUUACGUUCAAUAACAAAAUAAUUUUCAACCCUACUAAGCACAAAACAUGAGCAAGUAUUUGACAUGAAAACGAGACCAUUGGGUAAAAGAGAAUAAUCGGUAAGGUCUAUUACAUUUUUUUUGGCACUCUAUUACGAUGGCUUUUUCAAUAAGAAUUAUGAAAUUGUUUCAUGUAUCUAUUAUUAAGGAAAUAGACCUUUAUUGUUGCUAAUAUAAUAAACCUUGCUUAAAUUAUUCAGUAAAAUAUACAGGUGUACCGCGUCUGACACUUGCAGAACAGUUAAGAGAACAAUACAGUUACUCGAUCCUAGUCGAAUUCAAUAUGGCGGAAUUACUAGCUAGGGAAACUAGUGGCCAAUUAGAGGAUACACAUUUAUAACUAAAUCAGUAUAAAUUACAUGAACGUCCUGGUUAUUUACCCACCUACGUAGCAUGGUCUGGUUAUAUUAAGUAGGCAGUCAGGUCCUGGUCUAAUUAACCAGACUAUAGUAAGAUAAAGGUUAAAAUAAUUAGGAAAUUUCAGCAGGAAUAUUAAAUUAACCCGACACCAUAUCUAUUUCUAGGUUAACCAGAACAGUGUCUUUAGAUUGUAUCUUUAGAGUAGAAAACCUCGUCUUGAUCAACCUUUUCACUGUAGAAGACAUGAUGUCAUUGGGUCAUCCCAGAAAACAUCUAUACCUCUCCAGAGGAAAUUUGAAGUUACAGUAACCCUCCAACCCCCUUUGAUCGGAUGUCAUAAUAUAUUCACUUAUACUAUUAUCAUCCCAAAAUUUCCUCCAUGGGAGGAGUGUGGAUCAUUUCUGAAAAAAACCAUUAGGCGAAUUGAGUUUUGAAGUAGAGUGCAUGCAUGGUACAAAAAUGUUGCACUAGAGUCUAAAUUUAAAAGAAUAAAAGUGUAGGCCUAUGAUUGGAAUAUUGUUUCGCGUCGUUCUUUUAUUCGGGGUUUCAGAAAAUGCCAACGUUUUUUAUGCACAAUAAGGAAAUAAACCUUUCUCGUUCUUAAAAUUAGUGAAACAUGUGUAUCGCGUCUGACACAGCACAUUUACUAUUAGUCGAAUUCAAUAUGGCGAAUUGCAUGAAAGAAGAGGAAACAUGAUUCAUAAUUAAUGAGCAUUGCAUUCUAUAUCUAUUAUUUUUCGAUUUUAAGCAACAUAUGAUGUGUAAUAUCGGACGAAUCUUUGGUAUAAAAGCACAAAAUAAAUAGUUUAGCAUAAACUAAAAGUAGAAAAUGUACGAAACAGUUAUCAGUCACAUAAUUAUGUACAUUGUGGGUGGUAACCGGACUAUACGCCUAAUUCCUGCUAUAUAUAUAACGUCCAAAAUGCGUAUUUAGAUAACAAUAUGCAUCUGCAACUUCGUAUAUAUAGAUAUGAUAUGUUGUACCAGAAUAUUGAUUCGUGUCCCUUCUUAUUUGUGUUUUCUGAAAAUGCUAACUUGAGAUUUUUAAGAAGUGAGCUUUCUUCAGAACAGAUCUACAUAUAGCUUAAACCGCCAAGAGGCCAUUUACAAAUCUACAACCCUCUUCCCAAAUAAGAAAAACAUAUACACUAUAUAUUUAAUUCAAUUUAGGGGGCCUACAUUCAUGGAAAUUAACAUGCAUCACAUAUGCACGUCACAAAUGCAUGACUGAAUAACAAUGACUCAGCUUCUUAUAUAAUAUAAUAUGCCAAACAAUCAUUAAAUGAGGCUAAGCAUGACAUCAACAAUUAUAGCUGAUUCCAACAAUGGUUUUGUUAAUUUUAAACAUUGAGAUUUUUAAAAAAUACAGACAGAACACCAAGCCCUUUGGAGUCAGGGUUGUCUGAUGGACGGAUUUGCUGCCAUUGCCAAACUGCCCCCCUCUGGCAUAUUUUUACUAUAAUAUAUACAUGAGAUUAGGCCGCUGUGGUCGGUCCUGAGAGUCCGAGAUUAAUUAAUUUUUAAGGAAGGCUAGGAAGCAUUUGUUUCCGAACAAACUCGAACAAACUCAUGCAUCUGCUGUGGUAGCGGUUUGCUAUGGUAUAAACGGUGUCUAGCUAUAGCACGAGUUGACUAUACUUAGAAUAAUCUUUUUCGAAUUGCCAAAAUAGACCUGCAAUAAUCCAUCAUGUUACGUUAUCUUGCCUGAUCUUAUAUAAAACUUUCAGAACUUGGCCAAACAGCAUUGUGUGUAGUGUGGAUAAUGUUGCAUUAUCAAUGAAAUUUGACAUCUGAAGUGUAUUUACCUCAUUUCCUGUCCUGUAUGAGUAAUUUUCUUCUUUAAUUAAGCGGAAGCUGAUCUUGGAGGAUUAAUCAUUUAAAAUUCAUCAAACAUCAAACUAUACAAAAGGAGUGAUUUCGAAAUUAAAACUCGGGCAUGAUGAGGGUUGACAAGCGAGAGUUUGCAUCCGAGUUUUCCCAACUCUCAUGCCCCGGUCAAACAAGAACAAGAGUCACAUGAAAGUUGACCAGAGAUUACCACUCAAACGAGUCAAAGCUCACAUUAAAGAUGCGGUACAGUCCGUAUGUAAACAAAGGCUUUGUUUACAUUUCGGUAUCCAAAAUAUUGAUAUUUUCAUUAUUCAAGAGUAUAAUAAAUUAUGAAGACACGACAAUCAAGCUUUGCAAGAACAUAAAAUUAAAUAAAAACCUAAAUAAACUGUUUGUAAAUAAAAAGAGGGCUCCUUUGUGCACAUGCGCAGAUCGGACUGUACCGCAUCUUUAACUGUCAUCAAAAUUUCAACCAGCUCAAAGUUGAUGAGAGUUGGCAGUCAAACGACUUGCAACUCUCAUCCUCGUUUGACUGGCGCUUGAUAAACCGAAGAUAUAUUUAUCAUAUCGUAAAAAUUGAAUGGUUUUUCGUACUUGGUUUUGCAAUACUGUGGAAAACAAUGUCAGUAAAUCAAAAACGACUCUAUAGCUAGCAUUUCAUGAAGUAAUAUUAAUGAAACUACAUUUAAACCAAUAUAUACCAAUCAAAAAGCGCGUAAGAAAUGUUUGACCAAUCAGAGAACUUGUUGUAAAACGCAUUGCCACGGAUGUUUUAUUGUUUUUCAAUUUUGUUUAUAUAAUAAACAGAAAAAUAGGUACGCGACCGCGUACAUGUAUCUGCGCAUUAAAGGUCCAGACACGCCGGACGCGAUUCGACAACGCGACGCGAUUUUUCGACUUUCACUGACCGAUAACUUUGAUCCAAGUUUAAAUUUUCCAAAUAUUUAGAAGCGCUAUAACAUUUUAAGUUACUUGGUCUACAUAUGUUUCAAACUGAUUUGCUCUCAUUGGCUGUUUUUCAAAAACUGAAAAAUCGCGUCGCGUUGUCGAAUCGCGUCCGGUGUGUCUGGACCUUAAGGCCUGAUUCCACGACGGCGAAAUUCGUCGCGAGAACUUGUGUCUGCGAAAUACGGUGGUUGCACAUGAGCGAUUAUAUUGAAUUGUCCCACUUUGUCCCCUUUCGCAGUAAGUAGAAAUGUUUCGCAUUUCGCCGAGAAGAAACGCUCGUGGAAUCAGGCCUUUACUGCAUUGAUGUUGCAUUCUCGGAAUUACAUUUUUACAGCAAUUGUGCGAAAUUGUGCUAGUUGAAAUUAUAUGCCUGCUUCAGAUAUAAUAUUUACAUUUAACCAGUGACUUCUAAAUUAAGAGGACGAGAACCAUUUAUAUCCCGAAUCACGGCAACCGAUUACAUCAUACAAAAAUGUUUCUUUUUAUCUGGAGCUAAAUAUCUGCUAUUCAUACAGUUCAUUACUUUUAAGAACAAUUUAAAGAAAAUAAUUAAUUAAGGCUGUAAAAUGUGUGGAUUCAAAGACGUGGGAUUAGACGUCUGUACAUGGAGUCAUGAGCUAAUAAUAGUUUCUGACAUUUAAAAGAACAGGGCUACGUUUAUACUAUACUUUGUUUUUAUAGUUUAGCUAAGUUUCAGAGGCCUCCAUUAAAUAACAGUCAAGAUAUACACGCAAAUAUAAUUUGCUUGUCUAUAUUUAAAAUUUGUAAUUGUUUCGUGAAGAUUCAACCGUAAAACAAUUGCCGGAAGUGCAAGCCCUGAUUAUAAAAACUCAGGGAAAACCCGUGCGGUAUGAAAUGCGUGGCGUAAACAUGUCAAUCAAAUAUCAUUCUAUAAAUAUGACGUUUUAUAUUUGCACAGUACAUCGUGUACGUUUUUGUUGUAGAACUUGUGUUGUUCAAAUCGAAUAUGAAGUAAAAUCAGGAGCAUACUGCCACAGGCUAAUUUUGUAUUUUAAUACCCUCUGGAAAUACAAAGGCUUUGGUACCCCUAUCUAUCACAAAAUGUAACAAAUCCAAAACAAAGUAUGAGGACUAAUAUUUUUCCUAUCAUUUGACAGACUAAAAGUAUUAUUCAAGAAAUAUGUCCAUUUUAAUCAUAACGUGAUACAAAAAUACUAAAUAACAUGCAAAAUUCAGUGCCAAAGAGGGAUUUAUUUGGCGGUAGUUAAAUUAAAUAUGUAAACAUAAUAUGUUCUCAAACUGGCACAGUUUAAUACAAAUUGGCAAUUAAAGCUCGCAAUGCUAUAUAUUUGGUUUGAUACGAAGAUAAAAUAGUAAGUACUCAUAAUAAUUACAAUAUGUCCAUGACCUAAUUACUCAAAAAUUUAGAUUAUUAAAUCACAUAAUGGAACAACUUGCAAUUUGCUACGCUCACUCGUUAGCAAUAUUCUCUUCAACACUCGAAAUAUAUUACAUAUUUCCGCACAUUCGCACAACCAUGUAUAAAUAUUCUCUAUACAUUCCAGUUUACCUUUAAUUUGUCAAGUGGUAGGCAAGAUAUUAGUCCUUUUGAUUUGUUAUUCUCUUGACCCGACACGGGAGUGAUGGGCACUUGAAAAAAUGACAGUUGCAUACUUGCGUGUAAUUUGCUCGGAACAAUUUGCAAUCAACAUUGCAAGAUUGAUUGCAAUGUUGCAAUACUCAUGGGAACAGAACAUCCGGUUUGACUGUAAGAGUUAUAUCAGUGCAAGACUGCUAUAGAAGAAGAUUUUAUCAAAAUAAAGUCAGGAUGAAGUCUAUUAAUACCACGAUUACUAAUACUACUCUUGAAAGCUUUUCGAAAGACGCCAUCUUGUUUUAAAGCUGUUCUAGCCUGCGAACAGGUCUUCAAAACAAGGCUGACGGACUUAACAACUUAACUUAACUUACUUAACUUUACUUUACUUUACUUUACUUUACUUUACUUUACUUUACUUUACUGACUGACGCGAUAGCAAUAUAUCUGCGCUACGCGCAGAUACAAAAAUACACGGGUGCUUGUAAAUACCAGAUUUAUUUCUCGUGUUGAACAUGAUAUCUCACUUGUUCGCUGCGCUCACUCGUGAGAUAUCAUGUUCAACACGAGAAAUAAAUCUGGUAUUUCCGCGCACCCAUGCAUGUAUUAUUCUCUAUGUAGUUUGCAAUUAAAUCAUGCUUGGUCAGGGCCGGUGGUGUAAUUUAACACCCUCCUCCCUCCCCUAAGUCAUCAGGUAUAGUCGUCAAAAAUAUUGAAUCCCAGUCGGAAAAACAUGGAUUUGGAUAGGAAAGAAGAAAACAAAAUAGUCGAGCGGAACCGAUUAAAAAUUAAGAAUGAUAGCUAAAAUGUGGAGAAAUUUACGAAAACUAAAUUAGGGAAAAAUGGAGCGAAGAACAGUGGUUAAACACAAAAUAAGAUUGAGAAAUAUGUCGUCCGGAAAAUUUGUGACUCCGCAAAAUUUCCCGUGAUAACUCGGCAAAAUUCACUUACACCCCCAAUUCAAAGAGGUCUAUCGCCGCCCCUGUGCAUGGUUUUUGUCAAAACUUCUUUUUGUAUCUGCGCGUAGCGCAGAUAUAUUGCUAUCGCGUCAGUCAGUAAAGUAAAGUAAAGUAAAGUAAAGUAAAGUAAAGUAAAGUAAAGUAAAGUUAAGUAAGUUAAGUUAAGUUGUUAAGUCCGUCAACCUUGUUUUGAAGGCCUGUUCGCAGGCUAGAACAGCUUUAAAACAAGAUGGCGUCUUUCGAAAAGCUUUCAAGAGUAGUAAUCAUUAGUAAUCGUGGUAUUAAACUAUUAAUAGACUUUAUCCUGAUUUUAUUUUGAUAAAAUCUUCUUCUAUAGCAGUCUUUUUGAUAUAACUCUUACAGUCAAACCGGAUGUUCUGUUCCCAUGAGUAUUGCAACAUUGCAAUCAAUCUUGCAAUGUUGAUUGCAAAUUGCUCCGAGCAAAUUACACGCAAGUAUUCAACUGUCAUUUUUUCAAGCUCCUAUCACUCCCGUGUUGGGGAAAGGGAAUAACAAAUCAAAAGGACUAAUAUUGUGCCUACCACUUGACAGCUUGACAAAUUAAAGGUAAACUGGAAUGUAUAGAGAAUAUUUAUACAUGGUUGUGCGGAAAUAUGUAAUUUAUUUCGAGUGUUGAAGAGAACUAUUGCUAACGAGUGAGCGUAGCAAAUUGCAAGUUGUUCCAUUAUGUGAUUUAAUAAUUUAAAUUUUUGAGUAAGGUCAUGGACAUAUUGUAAUUAUAUAUUAUGAGUAUUUACUAUUUUAUCUUCGUAUCAAACCAAAUAUAUAGCAUUGCGAGCUUUAAUUGGUAUUAAACUCUGCCAGUUUGAGAACAUAUGUUUACAUAUUUAACUACCGCAAAAUAAAUCCCUCUUUGGCACUGAAUUUUGCAUGUUAUUUAGUAUUUUUGUAUCACGUUAAGAUCAAAAUGGACAUAUUUCUUGAAUAAUACUUUUAAUCUGUGAAAUGAUAUAUAUAAAAAUAUUAGUCCUCAUACUUCGUUUUGGAUUUGUUACUCAGUUUUGUGAUAGAUAGGGGUACCAAAGCCUUGAUAUUUCCAGAGGUAUUAAAAUACAAAAUUAGCCUGUGACAGUAUGCUCCUGAUUUUACUUCAUACUCGAUUUGGAGCAACACAAGUUCUACAACAAGAACGUACACGAUGUACUGUGUAAUUAUAAAACGUCAUAUUUAUAGAUAUUUGAUUGACAUGUUUACGCCAUGCAUUUCAUACCUCACGGGUUUUCCCUGAGUUUUUAUAAACAGGACCUGCAUUUCCGGCAAUUGUUUUAUGGUUGAAUCUUCACGAAACAAUUACAAAUUUUAAAUAGACACGCAAAUUAUAUUUGCGUAUAUAUCUUGACUGUUAUUUAAUGGAGGCCUCUGAAACUAGGCUAAACUAUGAAAAUAAAGCAUAGGAUAAACGUAGCCCUGUUGUUUUAAAUGUCAGAAACUAUUAUUAGCUCAUGACUCCAUGUACAGACGUCUAAUCCCACGUCUUUAAUAAAUCCACACAUUUUACAGCCUUAAUUAAUUAUUUUCUUUAAAUUGUUCUUAAAAGUAAUGAACUGUAUGAAUAGCAGAUAUUUAGCUCCAGAUAAAAAGAAACAUUUUUGUAUGAUUGUUAUCAGUUGCCGUGAUUCGGGAUAUAAAUGGUUCUCGUCCUCUUAAUUUAGAAGUCACUAGUUAAAUGUAAAUAUUACAUCUGAAGCAGGCAUGUAAUUUCAACUAGCACAAUUUCGCACAAUUGCUGUAAAAAUGUCAUUUCGAGAAUGCACCAUCAAUGAAUGCGAAACAUUUCUACUUACUGCGAAAGCGGACAAAGUGGGACAAUUCAAUACAAUCGCUCAUGUGCAACCACCGUAUUUCGCAGACACAAGCUCUCGCGACGAAUUUCGCCGUCGUGGAAUCAGACCUUAAGAUUCAGACACACCGGACGCGCUUCGACAACGCGACGCGAUUUUUCAGUAUAAUUAGUUUGAAAAACAGCCAAUGAGAGCAAAUCAGUUACAAACAUAUGUAGACCAAGUAACUUAGAAUGUUAUAGCGCUUCUAAAUAUUUGGAAAAUAUAAACUUGGAUUAAAUUUAACGGUCAGUGAAAAUCGAAAAAUCGCGUCGCGUUGUCGAAUCGCGUCCAGCGUGUCUGGACCUUUAAUGCGCAGAUACAUGUACGCGGUCGCGUACCUAUUUUUUGACCAGUUGUCAAGAGGCGUGCACGCUAAAAAUGAAAACACAAUAGGUUCAUACAUUCAUUACGUCUCAAAGAGCUGAAGGAAGAAGACAGAACUUGCUUGGAGAAGAAAUUUAUACAAAAUGAUGACUGCCAAGAUUCUGUGGAAAAUCCUGAUUUUGACAUGGCUGAGUUUGGCUUUUGGUUUAUCGCAAAGCGACAAGGUAUUUUUCAAAAUUUAAGCCCAGCAGGUACUCAGUGCUGCGCAUCAGUAUAUUAUACGAUUGUAAAUUGUAUGCAUGCAUGGAACGCGAUUUCUAUAGUAAAUAUAUCUCAUUUCUUAACAUGCAAUUGCUUAUGCUAUUUAACUGUUUUGGUGAUGCAGAAGCAAUUUUAUAUAGGCCUAUGAUUUUAUUUUUCAUCUCCCAAACAUAUAUGUGUCGCAUAACUAUCCUUCAGAUGCAUAUGUGUUAACUGAUCAAGAAAGCGAAGCAUAUAUAACAGAUAAAAAAAAACUUUGAAAAUGAUUUAUAUACAGAGUGUCCCCAAAAUUCCACCCGAACUGAAGAACGUCUCUAAAAAUAAGAGAGGCAUACAGUAAAACCCGCGCAUAAAUUUAAAAAACCCACUAUUUUUUAUGUCAGGCUAUUUUUGUACCUAUAGAGUCGGUUCGUAACGUACUGGUUCUUUAUAUUUUUAUUAAAACAGUCAUUAAUAUUCAUUACUCGUUAGGCAAUUUGUCCAAUAACGUCAUGAUCAUAUUUGACCAUGCAUGUACACGGACUUUAUACCUGAUAAAAUAUAUUCUAUUUAAUAGUUGUAUGGGCAAUAUAUACGAGGUCCACAUAAGAUGAAUGAGAAAGAUAUCGCUCAAAUACAUACGAAAUUUUCUCGAGAACUGCUAAAUAUCUGACGGUUUAAGAUCCAAAAUUCGUUAGUUCUGAAAAGAACUGUGCAAUGUGCACAUUAUUAUUAACACAGCUAGCAAACGUAAAACUACUUGAAUUACGCAUCUAUUACUUUGGAAACGUUAGCUCAAAAUGCCUAACCUUAAUUCCUCUUUUCGCUUCAUCAUUAACAACACUUUUGCCAUCAGUGAACAUUUCCCUUGAACGAUCGAAAUAUUGUGCAUGCAGAAAAUCUUGUAUCUGUGUUGAGCUUUGAACAAUUGAACCACAAGAGUCAAAGACCGGUGACCACAACUAAUUUGCAUGCUCAACCCGAGUGCGUAGGUGUUUGCUAUUGUUGGUUUCAUUGGACAUCGUUUGGCAGCUAUAAUUCAACUGUAUUCUGCAGACAAUACAUAACAAUGCUCGUGGAAGUCACUCUAUUGUAGUCGUGUUUUAAGCCAUUUAAAACACUUGUGGUCGUGUUUUGCCAUAUUUAAAAUGCUCGUGAUGAGCUGCACUCGAAUUUUAAAUAUGAGAAAACACUCCUAUACCUGUAGUAUAUACGCGUGUUUUAAAUAUAGUACGUCGAAAAUAAUCGACUUGUACGUUCCUAUAGUUUGGUGUUUUAAAUGAUUUGUUUCCUUAUAUAAUUAGUAUAAACUCACUGUUUAUCAGAAUUGCACGUCUAUAAUAAUUGGUAUUAAAAGUUUCCGAGUUUCCUCAUUAGUAUACCCAACAACAGAUUAUAUGCUUUCCAUUUGCAAUGGUAUUAGAUCAAGCAUGCUAUUAACUGCGAAUACCGGUCCGCCUGCCCUUCACUUGGAACAUGCAUUCCAGAUGAUUUUUUAAUGUCUCAUUCGUGAGCCUCAGAAGAGUGAAGUGGUUCUUGUAUUUUGGAUGCUUAAUUUCCUAAAUUUCUGGCUGCUGGUUCUUAACCAACUUGCUUGUUUACUGUACGUAAAUGCGGGCAGAAGAGAACACAUAUAUGUGGCUUUUUGAAAUACCGCAAGGGUUUAUGUACUGUAGCCUAAGAGUAAUGUAGAGUUUUCCAGGAGUGCACCAGCAAUCUUUCAUUAGUUGUUCUGAAAGUUUGCUUUCUUCAGGAGCAAACAUAUACUUUUUAAAAAGGUGGGCUACCUCGUCACAUCUGCUGUGAUCGCUUUGCCAAGAAUGAAGAAACAUUUCAAUGAAAAGAGAUUUAACCAUGCACACAGCAGCUUCAUACACGAAGACAUAUAGUCACAGGCAAAACAAUGAAUAAAAAUAACUUGAAACGUGCAGCAUUAGCCUGACCAUAUAAGAUAUCUUAAUCCUCGUGUUUGGAUAAUGUACAAUGAAAUUUGACAACUGUGAAGUGUGUUGACCCACAUUAUUGAGUUCCUUCAGCAGUAAAAUAAAUAUAAUAGGGAAUUAAAUAUGCAGCAUAUGUUGGCUUGUUAUGAUCUCAAAUACCUAAUCUUUCUUGGUCAAUAACUUACACUGGCAAAACUGAUAGUGAAAUUCAUACUAUGCAUGAAUUUGCGAUUGCAUCACUAGAUCCAUAGUAUAUAUCCAUACUAUUUCCAUAGUAUAUACAGCUAUUUCAAUUAAGGUUGUCCACGAGCAAAGGGGAAAAGUCGAAUAUGAGCGCGAAAGGCUGCUGGGAAUCGCUUUGAAAAUUUAUUAAUUUGUUAGCGAUUCCCAGCAGCCUUUCGCGCUCGUAUAUAUUCGACUUUUCCGCUUUGCUCCUGGACAACCUUAAUUGAAAUAGCUGCACAUAUCCAUAGUAUACGGAAAUUGCGAUUUGUAUGAAAAUUGGAUUUCCAUGCUAAUCCACAGUAUAUCCAUAGUUCCAUGCUAUUUCCAUACUACACGACAGUGUAUGAAAAUUGGAUUUCCAUACUAUUUUCAACUAAGUUGCAUACUAUUUCCAUAGUUAGAAUUUGGAAAAAAAAUUCCAGUGUUAUUCCUAAAAAGUUCUCUUUCUUGGGAGGGUUAUACAGUAUAGAGACACGUUUUACUGGCCUCAAAUGUAACUGCAUGAGAAAACAGGAAUAUGUGCUCCCGGGGAAAACCCGCGUAUAAAGGUGAAAUUAUAAUUAUAUUGAGCAGGGCCUUUUGAAGGGGCCGAAAAAGAGUCCUAACUAGGAGUUAUACCGAACGGGAAAAGAGUAGGAUCGUGUAAAGGGCUCUGUGGUCUUGUAUAUUUAAUCCAUCAUGUUACGUUAUCUUGCACGAUCUUAUUAAACUUCCAGAACUUGGCCAUUCAAGAUGGUAUGUUGUGUCGCAUUAUAAAUGAAAUUUGACAUCUGAAGUGUAUUUACCUGCAUGUAUAUACUGUAUGAAUAAUUUUCUUCUUUAAGAAGCUGAUUUGGAGGAUUGAUUAAUUUGAAAUUCGUCAAACAUCAAACUACACAAAAGGAGUGAUUUCGAAAUUAAAUUUAACUCGGUCAAAGGGGGAUAAGAGUUGAUGAGGGUUUACAAGCGAGAGUUUCCAUGAGAGUUUUCCCAACUCUCAAACAAGAACAGAGUCACAUGAGAGUUGAUCAGAGAUUAUCAGUCAAACAAACCAAAGCUCACAUUAACUCUCAUCCUCCUUUGCCUAGCGCUUGAUAAACCGAAGAUAUUUAUAUAUUUAACAUAUCGUAAAAAUUGAUUAACGAUUUUUCGUACUUGGCUUUGAAAUAUGCUUGGUCAGGACCAUUGAACUAUAAAUAAACUGGAAGGCUAACUCAGGGGGGGGGGGGAAUUGAAGCCAGUGCAUUUUAGUUUUUGUGAGUUAUGAGCAGAAAUACUCAACACUGAACGUUGGAUUAUAUAUCAAAUUGAAGCUAUUGAAAAACGCUAUUUGGUGUAGAAAUUUCAAGACUUUAGCUAAAAGGGAAAUAUCGAAAAACUACAAACAUAAUUACCGAUAAUUUGCCGUUUCGCAGUUGUUUUUGUAUUUUUUAAAUAUUUUUCUUUUCGCUGAAGUCUUGAAAUUUCCACACCGAAUAGCAAUUUUCAAUAGCUUCAAUUUGAUAUAUUGCCCGACGUUUGAGGUCAAUUAUUUCCGCUCAUAACUCAGAAAAACUAUUUUGGCUUCAUCAAAUCAUAGGCCGCCUUCAUCAUAGCAGUUAGCCUUCCAGUUUAUUUAUAGUUCAAUGGUCAGGACCGGCUGUGGAACACUUCCCGGCGUGAUCAGGUAGUCGGCAAAAUUGUGGAGAAAUUCAUGCAUGAAAAAAUUAGGGGAAAAUGAAGUGAAGAACGGUGGUUAAACACAAGAUCGAUAAGAUUUGAGGAAUAUGUCGUCGGAAAAAAUUUAUGACUCCGCAAAAUUUGCCAUGAUAACUUGGCAAAAUUCACUUACACACCCCCGGCCCCAAUUCAAAGAGGUCUAGCGCUGGCACUGUGCUUGGUUUUUGUUAAUAAAUACAAGAGCUGAAGGAAGAAGACAGAACUUGCUUGGAGACGUAAUUUACAACAUGAUGUCUGCGAAGAUUCUGUUGAAAAUCCUGAUUUUCUCAGCCCGGCUGAGCUUGGCUUUUGGUUUAUCGCAAAGCGACAAGGUAGUUGGUACUAAAAUGAUGAUAGGUGAUACAUUUUGGAAAAUGUCUUAUAUAUUUCUCAAAAUUUAAGCCCAGCAGUUUCUUUAUAUUACUGCGCAUGUAUAUUACGAUUGUGAAUUGUAAGCAUGACACGCGAUUUUUAUAGUAGAUAUGUCUUAUAUUUCUUAACAUGCGAUCGCAUCUUUGCAAUUAGCCUUUCUCACGCCGCCAUUUUUGGGGUACUUUUUUGCCAAUCCUGCGAGCAUAACACCAUGUAACGGCGACAUUUUAUAAUUUUGUGGAUGCAUGAUAAAUAAAUUUACUCUCUAAAUAGUUUGUUCGGAAAUACUGCUUUCUACAUUGUUAUAAUCGUUUACGAAAAAUUACAGUACCCCUAGCUAAAAUGGCGGCGUGAGAAAGGCUGAUUGCUUAUACUGUUUUGGUUAUUUAAUUUUAUAUGUGGUUUUACUUGAAUCGUCAGCUGAAAGCGAGAACUGCCCAUGGGAUCGAUCAAACAUAUGUGUCGCAUAACUAUUCUUUACAUCCAUGUGUGUUAAUCAUGAAAGCAUAACAAAUAUAAAAUAUUAAAAAAACUUUGAAAAUUAUUUAUAUCCAACCUCGUUCCCAGGGUAUUCGCUCGAUUUAUAUCCAGGGUGUCCCAAAACUUGAACUGAGGAAUAAGAAAUGCAUACAGUAAAAACCCGCGCAUAUAAAAGAACCACUAUUUUUAUGUCAGGCUAUUUAAGUGGUUCUUAUAUUCGGGUAUUUGGUGCAUGAGAAAUCGGGCUGAGUUGGUUCUUAAAACUGGUUCUUUAUAUUUCUAGUCGAAAAAAAUUGUUCCUAUAGUUUGGUGUUUUAAAUUAUUUGUUUCUCUAAUUAGUAUAUAAACUGUUGAUCAGUAUUACACGUCGUCUAAUAAUUGCUAUUUAAAAGUUUCUGAGUUUCCUCAUUAGUAUACCCAACAACAGAUUAUAUGCUUUUCCAUUUGCAAUGGUAUUAGAUCAAGUAUACACCUGCGAAUACCCGCCUGCCCUUACUUGGAACAUGCAUUAAUUCUAGAGGAUUUUUUAAAGAAUCAGUCUUAUUCGUCAGCCUGAAGUGAUCCUUGUAUUUUGGGUGCUAAAUUUUGUUAAUUUCCGGCUGUUGCUUCUUAACCCACUGUUCCUUUUAGGCGAGUUUCACCGCGACGCAAAUGAAGCAUGACCAUGCGGUUAAGCGAACACAUAUAAAUGUGGCUAUAUAUGAACUACCGCAACCGUUUAUGUAGUAUAGGAGGUAUAACUUAAUUAUAGUAGUCAUGAUUUAAUCCAGGCAUGCUCCACUCCGACUUGAUGCCUACUAAAAAUAUGUAACUCACAUCAAUGCCGACAUAGUAAUACCACAAAACAUAGUGGGGUCAUGUUUUGGACAUCCUGUACAUGUAGAGUCUUUGUAAGUGUAAUGUAUAGAGUUUUCCAAGAAAGGCAAACGAGUAUAUCAGCAGUGUACUGUAUAUGUAAGAAGUGCAUCAGCGAUCUUUCAUUAAUUGUUCUGAAAGUUUGGAUUCACUUCACAAGCAAACAUACUUUUUUACAAGUCGGGCUACCUCGUCACAUCUGCUGUGAUCGAUCUGGCAAGAAUGAAGAAACAUUUCAAUGAAAAGAGUUGAACCAUACAGCAGCUUCAUACAAGAAGAAACAGUCAAAACAAUGAAUAAAAUAAUCUGAAACGUGGCAUAAGCCUGACCAUAUUAAGAUAUCUCAAUCUUCGUGUUUGGAUAAUGUACAAUGAAAUUUGACAACUGUUAAGUGUGUUGACCCAGAUUAUUGAGUUCCUUCAGCAGUAAGAUAAAUAUUGCUAAUAAUUAAUUCAACAUUCUGAGCGUAUAUAAUGGGGAAUUAAAUAUGCAGUAUAUAUUAGUUUGUUAUAAUCCCAAAUGCCUAAUCUUUCUUGGUCAAUAACUUACACUGGGAAAAACUGAGAGUGAAAUUCGUACUAUGCAAUUUGCGUUUGCAUCACUAGAUCCAUAGUAUAUCCAUACAAUAUCCAUAGUAUAUCCAUACUAUUUCCAUACAAUAUCCAUAGUAUAUCCAUACUAUUUCCAUACAAUAUCCAUAGUAUAUCCAUACUAUUUCCAUACAAUAUCCAUAGUAUAUCCAUACUAUUUCCAUACUAUAUCCAUAGUAUAUCCAUACUAUUUCCAUACAAUAUCCAUAGUAUAUCCAUACUAUUUCCAUACAAUAUCCAUAGUAUAUCCAUAUUAUUUCCAUACAAUAUCCAUAGUAUAUCCAUACUAAUUCCAUACAAUAUCCAUAGUAUAUCCAUACUAAUUCCAUACAAUAUCCAUAGUAUAUCCAUACUAUUUCCAUACAAUAUCCAUACUGUAGUAUAUGGAAAUUGCAAUUAGUAUAUGAAAAUUGGAUUUCCAUACUAUUUUCAACUAAGUUCCAUACUAUUUCCAUAGUUAAGAUUUGGAAAAAAAUUUCCAGUGUUAAGAAUUUACAGUGUAUUAUACAGUAUAGAGACAUGUUUUACUGCCUCAAAUGUAACUGCAUGAGAAAACAGGAAUAUGUGCUCCUGGGGAAAACCCGUAUAGUGUUUUGUGGAAUCAAAUUACAACUACUUUUCUAACAGGUGAAGAUACAGCAGAAUUUAAAUUAAGAAUUUGUCAGUGAAAGGGGCGAAAAAGGUCCUAACUUGGACUUGCAGAACAGGAAAAGUAGGACGUGUAAGCGGGUGUGGGAUCUUGUAUUCUUGAGCCUCUGGGCCUUGAUUUUCAGCAUUUUUAGGGGGGGGGACGAGGGUCACUGGACGAGGUCAACAUUUGGGCUGGGGGGCAUACCUUCCCACCUCGCCGCCUAUAUGUGUUAGAGGCCCCGAUAUUAAACCAGACAAAUGCAACUCGAGGAAACACAGUAACUAACCAUUGCUAUUGCAACCGAGCCACAAGCGAGCCCACUGAAUUUUUAAUGUGAAUUUGUAAAUCAGCAAUACCAGCGUGGUUACCCAAAAAUAUGUUAAAAAGGAAAACGAUUCUCUAUAAGCAUCAUAGUUCAUAAUUCAUGACAUUGCCACGCAAAAUAUUACACUGUAUAGGAGGGCCAUAUGACGUAGGCAUUUUGUUUUGCAUGAUUAUAUUUCAGAAAUUUUCCAAGUGCAACAUUGGGCAACACCUGAACCACAAAGACAGAACUGGACGUUUGAAAUUGCUGAUUUGUACAGAAAAAAUUAAAGGUGUUCCUCAAUGGAGAUUUGUUGACGGUAAAGCUACAUACGUUUAAUAUGACUGAAACUGUUCUAUGCGAAUUUGCAUGGGCGGUAAAUGCUUGACACGAUCAGUUUAACCUUUUUUAUUUCCUGUAAAGAACUAUGCAUGCACUUAAAAAAUCUAUGCCAUUUCAGAAGCAAUGCUCGAGGCCUUUUUAUGAGACCUUUGCGAGCUUUAAUGAAAGCAAGUAUUUCUUUGGAAUAUAAGUAAGUAGAUUCAGAAGAGAUUGUAACUUUAGUAUCUUAUGACAGGUUCUCCGACAUUGGGUGAGAUAUUCAGCCCAGCUCGAGAUUGUACUGAUAUUGUUGAUCAAUUACCCGAAGCUGAGGAUGGAUUUUACUGGAUUGUUCUGCCCAAAGGAACGAAACACAAGGUAUGUGUUUGGAUAAUGUCAUGUCCACCAAUUAGACUUUUCCCGCCGUGGGACGCCUUCCCACCAGUUAAUAACUGAGAUGUAAACUAAGGUUAUUGAUUCGGGAAAAUGUGCACAUGCGUUUGGUAUAUACUUUGGCUUUCGUUCUCCUUUCCCUACAUUGCUAACAUUAAAUUUCAAGAGAUUGCACCAUAGGCAGCCCAAUGUUAUGGUUGCCUGCCUGCGCGCGGGCGAGGCAUUGUAUAGUUGUAUUAUUUCCUAAGGUAGGCAAAUUCAAUCAAACUAACGAUACAUAUACUUUCAAACAAUCCAAAAUACUUCAAAUAUCUUUACAUCUACGCUAAACUAAUCACAGAAAUAAAAUCUACGAUACUUUUACUAUAUACUAACAAUAUUUUAACGUACAAAACAAAUUUGUAAUGCGAGAAAAAUACGAAAAGUUUUUGCAUUUUUUUUCAAUUCUUGAAUGAGACGAUGCUGGAUUCGCGCUCGACGUUUUUUAUGGCGUUUCAAAUGACGAAUUUCUAAUCUCAUUGGCUGUCAUUUUUACGGUUUUAAAACGUAGAAAAAGACAGCCAAUGAGAUUAGAAAUUCGUCAUUUGAAACGCCAUAAAAAACGUCGAGCGCGAAUCCAGCAUCGUCUCAUUCAAGAAUUGAAAAAAAAUGCAAAAACAUUUCGUAUUUUUCUCGCAUUACAAAUUUGUUUUGUACGUUAAAAUAUUGUUAGUAUAUAGUAAAAGUAUCGUAGAUUUUAUUUCCGUGAUUAGUUUAGCGUAGAUCAAAUCAAAUCAAAUCAAAUUUAUUUCCGUAGGGUAUAACCUCUUCAGUAAUAUAUCACUGGUAUCAAUGAGGGCCCUACAGUUAAAAUAUACACACAUAUAUAUAUAUAUACUCUAUUAUAAGUUAAGCAGUAAAUAAGUCUAAGAGUUUAGCUUUAAAGCUAGGUAGAGAUGAUUCUAGGCGGACAUGUUCAGGCAAGUUAUUAAAUGUUUUAGAGCCUCUUACAAGAACGCUACGUUCUGCGAACUCUAACUUUGAUCUUGGGACUAAUAACUUCAUCUCACUGUUUCUAAUUGAGCGCUUAGGUUGAUGAAGUGUGAAAUACUCAUUGAAAGGAAUUGGAGCCAAAUUAUUAAUACAUUUAAAGAUAUUUGAAGUAUUUUGGAUUGUUUGAAAGUAUAUGUAUCGUUAGUUUGAUUGAAUUUGCCUACCUUAGGAAAUAAUACAACUAUACAAUGCCUCGCCUGCGUGCAGGCAGGCAACCAUAACAUUGGGCUGCCUAUGAUUGCACCUCAAAUAUUGUGACUCUAUUGGACAUGAGGCCUCUUGCGGCUUAUAUAAAACCUGUAGAAAAAGAGAAUGAGCGAAUCUUCUUACCCAAGUUCCAAAAAUGUACAUUAUGUUGACGAUCAGCAUGUUCAUAUACAUACGAAAAUCCGGCAUGCUCAUGAACAUGCUCAUAUACGCCACAUGCCAAAAUCCGGUAUGUUUACGACGGUAUAUUUAUACAUACCAAAGUCCGAUAUGCUCAUGAGCAUGUUCAUAUGCUACAUUCCAAAAUCCGGUAUGCUCAUGAACAUGCUCACAUACAUACCAAAAUCCGGUGCGCUCAUGAACAUGCUCAGUAAGAUGAAUAUAACUGGAAAUUUACCUCCAACCGGAAAUUUGAAGCCAAACUUGAAAGCCAGUCCCAGUCUUUUCGCGCAUGCGAAGAACGCCGUCAAUCCGUCAACAUGAAUAUGUAAUAUAUGAACGAGAGCGAGUGUUUCACCGGGAUAUCCAAACACGAGAAAACAAUGUAUGAAAACACGAGCGCGAAGCGCGAGUGUUUUCAUACAUAUUGUUUUCGAGUGUUUGGAUAUCCCGGUGAGACACGAGCUUGAGUUGUUUAUAUGGCUUCUCAAAUGAAUCGAGACGUAACAGAAUGUUUUCGUUUGCUGAUUUGAAUAGAAUUCUUAACCAAGCAUAACGUAAUUAGGAAUUCUAUUCAAGUAAUUUUGCAUGCGUAAUUAUGAUAUUUGAUGAAAACACUAGUGACUUUCAUCAAGUUUUACCGUGUUAUCCAAAUGGCAUCUUGUGAUCAAAUAGGUGAUUAUCAUUGGCUGAAUUGCUCAUGAAUUAUUAAUGAAUUUGAGAAGUAUUCUUUGAAAACCGCCUUAAAAUUUACGCUCAAAGCUUUCUGUUUUACUUUUUUCUUACAAUUGUUUAUUGAAAGAGCAUUUUUCUGCGAUAAAAGUUGUGUUUAGAGAAAAUUGCGAAACACAAACCGCGUGUCUUGACCCCCAGACACCCCCAAUAAAAAUGUAGUUCAUCUCAAGGUAGCGUUCCAGUUAUAUUCAUUUCACUGAGGCUAAUUAGAUCCAGUGAGCUCUAUAUAUAUCUGGAGUAAGAACUCGCGUCCAAAAAGUGAAGCAAGAGAUGGCAGAAAUUAACGACCAGUUCCAGUCCCUCUCCAUUGUUCUGGACCUUCAACUUAGCGAAAGCGGUCACAGAACUGAAAAGUAUUGGAGAAGAAAAAUAACAUGUUCCUGAAACGUAAUUGAACAAGCCUUUAAGAAAUAUAAGUAAUUCACGUAUGCAACACAAUAAUUAAGUUCACAUAUGCAGCACAAUAAUUUGAAGAAUUUAAGUUGUCAUUUCCUUGGGCAAAAUAGAUUUGGUGUGACGUACAUACAGAUGGUGGUGGAUUUGCGUUGGUUGGAAUGAAGGAUAGUCCUGUAUCUUGGACAGUACCGUCUAAUUCUACCCCUGUUGAUCCUCAAGGACCCCCACAUUGGUCAAGUGAUCUUGGUGAUGUCAAAGUUCUGGAUUUCAGAGUUCAAUUUUCGACUGACAAAGGUUUUGAAGGAACAAAGGCAGAUUGGUAAGAAAGCUUUGCUGGAGACCGGUGAAAAAAUAUUUCCAUAAAACCUUCUAAACUAAAAUAAUCACAAGAGUAGUAACGGCAAUAAAACGACAAAAAGUGAGAAAGUUACAGGAAACAAUAUCAAACAAUACAGGAAAGGUAACCAAGAAAACGAACCAUCAACACUUGACAUAAAAACUGCACAGGGUGUUGAGGACACCCGCUCUUUGUAUUCUGCAAUAAGCAAUUUUGUGAUCAUAAAAUUCUCUUUUCAACACAAAACAAAAGAAAAAUACGCGCUUUCUAAAACUUUCUGUAAGAUGCAUGCCUUUUUAAUUUGAUUUGCUUUGGAAACUAGGAGCCCGAGUGCUGCGAGUUGCAAAAGUAAAACAUUUCCUCUUUUAACUGUAGGUUUUACCGACUAAAUCCGCAACGGAAGUUUGGAAAUCUAUUUUCUGUGAACAAUGGAUGUCCGUAUCUGCAAGCUGGAAUUGGAAAUAUUUCAUUUGUCGAGGAUAUUUCGACGCAGUCUGUACUUACUAAUAAUUUCAAGUGCUCAAAGUUUGGACCACAUAUACAUCAUAUGUUGGGAUGGGUAUAUAUACAGCUGAUUUUAAAAUAAUCUUAUACAUAGUGUCCCAAAAGAAUGGCUCCCACUGUAUUUUUGUGGUAUUACAUCCGCUUUAGUAAAAGUUUCAGAUUUCUUUCCUGGAUGAAAUAAUUAUCAUGUCGUUUUAAUCUAUUAAUAAUUGACUCAUCAAAUAAACAAUUGUUGAAGGGAUUUCUAGAUGGAAAUUUUGAGUGAAAUUUCUAUACAUUUACUAGACCUAACCAGGAGCAGUUGUGAAAAAUGCAACUAUCCUCCUUCUGGCAGGAUCAAACGUGCCAGUUCGGUACAACGCUCUGCGACUCUCUGAACUACAAAGCGUCGCUGGACCGCAGACUCAAUUCCUGCCAGAGGGUCGUGCUGCUCCUGGUGAGGUCUAAUAAAUGUAAAUAAAUGUAUAAAAUUCCACUUUGAAUUUCCAUCUGCAAAUCCCAUCAACAUUAGUUAUAUCGAGUGAGACGCCUAAAAUCACCAACCGUUUGCCUUCAAUACUCUAACUUCUCCAAAUUAGGUAAAAUAAUCGGGAAUGUUUUAGGAAAUUAAAGAAUUCAAAGUUUGAAAAAGCAAAAAAAAGUUUAAAAGGUUAAACUUUCAAAAAAGUUUAAAAAGUCAGAUAAGGGUUAGGGGUUAGUGGUUAGGGUUGGGAUUAGGGGUUAGGUACCGCGAAGUUAUUAUUAUGAUCAAUUGAAAAUGUGCCGCGAAUUUAUCAUAAUGAUAAAUCCGGACGUGUUUAAGAAUUUACUCAUAAGUAAAUUCAAAGGUGGAGCUCAUGCUGGUUUAAACACCACAUUUUAGCACAAAUAAAUACUGUUGGCCUAAUUUCUAUAAUAUGGAUAAGUUGAAAUAUAAAGGAAGUCAAAUAUCAAUGACAAGGUAUUAAAACGAUAGAAUAAUUAUUUUAUCUAGUACUAAAACUAACGAUAGAAUGGAAUGGAAUGGAAACUGAAAUAUAGUGGUGUGGUGUGUGUGUGUGGGGGGGAGAACACAAUUUUUGGUACAUGUUUCCCACAAAAAUCCUAUUUUGUGCAUAUGCAACCUUUACACCAAUUUCUUCGUGAAAAAUAAUUAUUUCAUUCUGAUUUUAGGGGAAAAUGAAUUACUGUCUUCGACAUCAGUGCAAUAACGGUUACGCAAUAUUAGUAGACGGAGUUAGAUUUCGAUACGAUAAUUUUGGAUCAUACAGGUAUUGGAACAUAGAGUUUUAAUUACCGUCAAUGCGUGUGAAAUGAUGAUUCAAUUUAAUAUUACCCAUACACAAUCAGAAUAACAUUAUAACUAAGUUCUUUGAAUGUUUGCAUGGCGAUAAAAUAUAAUUGUUUUUGUUUGUGGAAACACCACGUAAUAAUAAAUCAGUAAUAAAUUUACGUGGUGUUUCCACAAACAAAAACAAUUAAUAUUAUAACUGUUUGAUUUUGCAUAGACGCUUGUUAAUUGUUAUUGAAUUGUUAAUUAUUAUUAAGUUGCGAUAUUUUUCAGCUAUAGCGCUGUUUCUUCAUUCUCUGGAAUGAAACAUAAUUCCACAGCUUUUGUUGGGUGUGAUCAUGGCAAGGUAGUUAUUUGUUAUACGACAUAGUGAAGAUACUUAAUAUAUCAAUGUCCUAUAUCAAUGUUCAAAGAACGUUCACAAUCACUGGAAAAAAAUCGCGUGAAAUUCAUACUAUGGAAUUUGCGAUUGCAUCACUAAAUCCAUAUAGUAUAUCCAUACUAUUUCCAUAUAGAAAUUGCAAUUUGUAUAAAAAUUUCCGUGCUAUUUUCAACUAAGAUCCAUACUAUUUCCAUAGUAAGGAUUUGGAAAACAAUUCCAGUCGAGAAAACAAUUCGAUCAUAAUCAAUGUAUAGUCUUAAAUUUUAAAUCCAUGUGCAAUAUAUUUGUAACCCUCCAUAUUUUGUUGGAUGUGAUCGUGGCAAGGUAGUUAGUUAUUUGUUUUAUGACAAGCCACUUACAUCAAUGCUAUUACUAAAACAACAUUCACAAUAAUUUGACCAAUGUGUACUGGUCUCAAAAAUUUGCAUUCCUCCAUAUUUUGUAGUGUUGUGCAUGUUUUGGACCUAAAGGUGGAAGACAAAACUACUGUGGUCCUAAAUGUACAGCAAUUAAUGGUGGAACUGUAAUGAAGAGCGCUUUCGUUUGGUUUUGGGUGCGAACCAGAAUACCUGAACGUCUGUGGAAAAGAUGUAUGGAGUUUGUGCUGAAAAAUUCCGCAGGCAAACUUGAAAAACAUUUCAUUGACCCGCAAACAGGCACUGCACAAAAGGUGGGGGAUAUUAUGGAAAGUUAAGACGACACUAUUGUGAUUAAUGGCAACAGACACAAUACCACCAGAAGCAACAACAACAACGACAACCAAAACAACAACUGCAAUGACAACAAUAGGAAGGACGUCGACGACGACGAUGGCGGCGACGACGACAACGAUGACGACGACGACGACGACAACAACAAAAACAACAACAACAACAACAACAACAACAACAACAACAGCAACAGCAACAGCAACAACAACAACAACAACGUUAAAGAUAACGCCCGUGAAAACGAAAACGACAACCACAAAGACAACAAGAACAACAGCAACAACAACAACAGAAACAAUACAAACAACAGCAACAACAACAACAACAACAACAACAACAACAACAACAACAACAACAACAACAACAACAACAACAACAACAACAACAACAACAACAACAACAACAACAACAACGACGACAAUGGCGACGACAGAUGUAUUAGUAUCAGCAAUGUUCACAGCAACAGCGAAAUCAGCAACAAUUACAAACUAAAUUUAACCAGCAGUUUGGUUUGUUUUUAGGGUUCCUGCUCAGGAAAACUUAGAUCAUUUUUAAACGAAGGUGUAAGUAGAAUAUUUCAGGCAUGGGUUUUUAUCACCACAGUAAAGCAUCGAAUAUUUCUUAAUUGACGUCAUAAAGAAGUGCUUAAUUUAAAGAAAGAAUUUCUUUAUUCUAGACAUUGACAGUAUCUGACAAGGAAAGUUUUGACAAGAUUCCAGAUGUUCCAGGUCUUCUCUCAUAUCGUAAAGAUGAUAAACAACUUUAUGUCAAUCAAGGAUCAAAGUGGGAAGCAUUAAGUACUGAACAAGAG